GGAGUUCUCAUCUUCCCUUCCCAAGCUCUGGGCUUCCAAGAAAGAAGCAGCCUGAAAUGCAUGGAGAAGUGCAUGGGCUGCUGAAUUUCAGAUGCUCCCUUUGGCCUUUUGUCUCUUAUGGACAAGAGGAAUGACUCUCCAGGCUGAGUGCUGAUUACUGGAACCAAGAAGAGGCUUCUAAACAAGGAAAAGGAAGAUGCUGUAUGCUCAGAUCCUUGCCCUGGCAGUAGCUGUGGUGCAGUACAGAGCUGUGGCCAUUCAUGAAGCAUGUAGGAUGGCAGAGGUGGCUGAUGUUUUAUUCCUCGUGGGACAAUCCCAGGGCUCAGGACAAGAGAGGUCUCAGCUGCUGAAGGAGUUCCUCAGCAGCGUGGUUCGUUCCUUUGAGAACGCAGCGGUGGGCGCAGGAGGCAUCCGGCUGGCCCUGGCUGUCUACGAGGAGAAACCAAGGAUGAGCAUUGACCUCACAGAUUAUGUGACCACUGAAGAAAUGUUGGUGGCAAUUCAGGAUCUCUCCUUCAAAGGCAGCAUCUUAAAGACAGGGUCAGCCCUGGCGUUUGCAGCCCAUGCCAUGUCUCGUCUGGACAUGCUGAGAGAGGAUGCAGCAAAGGUAGUUGUUUUGAUCACAGAUGGGAAAUCCAAGGACUCAGUUGAAGAUGAAGCCCAGGUCCUGCAGGAUAAGGGAGUGACAGUGUUUGCUGUAGGAGUUAAGGAUGCUGACAAGAAUGAACUGAACAAAAUAGCUUCAGAGCCCACUGCAGAGCAUCUGCUUUACGUCGAUGAUUUCCACCUGCUCCACAAGGUAGCCUCCAAGCUCUCUCGAAGGCUCUGCUUCUCUGCCUCCGAGCCGCCACGGCCCAGCAAGCAGACUCUGCAAGCUGAGAAGAUCAUCAGGCCCUGGGAUUUGUAUGUCAGUGAGCAAAGCCACAGCUCACUGAGAGUCACCUGGAUGCCAGCCUCAGGGAGGGUGACAGGCUACCAUGUCCACCUCCAUCCUUUGCUGCCUUCAGGGCUGCCAGCUUCAGAGGACCAGCGGCAGGUGGUGGUGGAUGGUAACAAAAGCACCGUGCUGGUGACUGAUCUGAAACCCAACACCAAGUAUGUCUUCAAAGUGAGGGCCAUCUAUGGAGAUACCCUUGGGGAAUCAGCAGCUGUCAAGGGGAAAACAACACCUCUGCCUCCAGUCACUAAUUUCCGUGUGAUAGAAGAAGGAAUUUUUAGCUUGAAGGUGGCUUGGACACCUCCACUGGGCAAGCUGGAGGGCUACAAGAUCUACAUCCCCAGAGCCAACAGACCAGGAACGACCUACGAGCAGAUUCUGCCAGGUGAAGUCUCUUCCCAUGUGCUGAAUGACUUGCAAGAGGACAGAGAAUACAGCAUCAGCAUCUAUGCAGUGUACCCUCAGGGGCCAAGCCAGCCUGUGGCUGCUGUGGGGAGAACAUUGAAGCUCCUGCCUGUGAAAAGCAUCCUGCUGCAGAACCAAACCACUGACACACUCCAGGCAAGGUGGAGCCCUGUCCAGGGAGCAACAGGCUACAGACUCACUUGGACAUCAGCAGCUGGAGAGGGAAGCAUCCAGGAUGUGAAUCUCAGCAACACCUACAGCUACUACAUGAUCCAGGGGCUGCAGCCUGGCACUGAGUACACUGUCACCAUCAACCCUGUCUUUGGGGAUGUGGAGGGGCCAGUGGUGAGCAGGAAAGCAGCAACAGUGGCAUCAAGCACUGUCCAGAUGCUGAAAGUGAGUGAGAUAUCCAUCAACAGAGCUCUGGUUUCCUGGGACUCAGUUGCUGGGGCCACGGGCUACCGAGUGGCUUGGGGUCCUACACCAGAGUUCCUCGGCAGGGACCGUCCUCGGCAGGUGGCCCUCAACAAGUCAGCCACAGCCUACCAGCUGCGCAGCCUGGCCCCCGACACCGACUAUGUGAUUUCCCUCUCCGUGCUCUUCGGCUGGGCGCAGGGACCGGGGGUCACCGCCUCGGCCCGGACGCUUCCCCUUGGCUACGUCCCCAAUUUCAAGGUGGUGUCCUUCACCAGCACAAGCUUGUCUCUGACAUGGAGUCCCAUGGCAGCUGCCACCAGAUUCAAAGUCACCUGGAGCCCAGUGAGAGCAGGCAAAGGCAAGCAGCUUGCCAAGACUCAGUACCUGGGCAGCAGAGUGUUGGCUUACCAGAUCGAGCCCUUGCUGCCCAACACCCUGUACCAAGUCAGCAUUCAGGCUGUCUUCAGCAAGACCGAGGGGCCCGAGGUGACUCUGACUCACCACACAGCAGGACCUCACAGAGAGUUACCAGCAACUCCAGUGACUUCUGCAGAACUGGGCAUGAUGAGAUCCCCAUCCAUAUCUCCUAGCAGUGUGCAAACCACUCUUCUUCCACCAGCCACCACCACAGCACUACCACCAAGCCCAGAGACCUCACUAUUGACCACUGCAGCAUCUACGUUGCCAUCGACAACCCUUCCUGGGCCAAUCUGUGGCAAGCUCAAAGCAGAUGUUGGCUUCCUGGUGGAUGAGUCCUCAAGUAUUGGCCAGAGCAAUUUCAACAAAGUGAAGGAUUUCCUCUUCUGGGUUGUUUCCUACUUUCCAAAGAUUGGGCCUGAAGGGACACAGGUUGCUGUUGCUCAGUACAGUGAGGAUCCCAGGGCAGCUUUCUACUUCAACCAGUACCGUGACCGCAGCAGUGCCCUGAGAGCCAUCAAGGGGCUGAGCUACGCUGGAGGCAACACGAAAACAGGUCAUGGCAUAACCUACAUGCUGCAGGAGUUAUUCCAGUCCUCCAGAGGGAUGAGACCAGAUUUCCCUCACCUGCUGGUGCUUCUGACCGACAGGCAGCCCCAGGAUGCUGUGUUGCCACCAGCCAGAGCAGCCUAUGCUUUAGGGAUCCGUGUCAUUGUCGUGGGUGUCUCAGGAGCUGACCCUGCUGAACUCAACAGCAUCUUGCUGCAGCAGAGCCUCCAGAAUGCUUUCUACGUCAGCACAUUCGAUGACUUCCCUCAGAUCCUCCAGGAGCUGAUUGAAGCUAUUUGCUCUGACCUUCAGCCUUCAGACAGACAGAUGCCAGCUAAGGGGACCUUCAUGGGCUCAACACUUCACAAGGGCUAUGACCCACAGAGCUUCCCUACAAAGGGAGAGAAAGGAGAGCAGGGCUACCCAGGACCAGCUGGGCCAAAAGGAGACAGAGGUGAACCAGGCUAUGUCCUGGGAGGAGUGGAAGUGAUUCCUGGCCAAACUGGUCAGCCUGGCACCCCUGGGCAGAAAGGGCAGCCAGGAGAACCUGGAGUAGGAGGACCACCAGGUUUACCAGGGCCACAGGGACCACCAGGAACCUCCAUCAAGGGUGAGCCAGGGGAUUCAGGCAUCAGGGGACCUCGUGGGAGGAAUGGCCUCAAGGGUGACAAAGGAGGGAUGGGAGAGCAGGGGAAACCUGGCUUGCCAGGCCCAGCAGGGCUAGAUGGUAUUCCUGGAGUGCCUGGAGCAAGAGGAGAAAAGGGACUCCCAGGACCUCCAGGGCAGAAGGGAGACCAAGUUUUGGGACCUCCAGGAGAGAAAGGUCUUAGGGGAGAUACUGGGCCAACUGGUGCCCUGGGACCACGAGGAGACAAAGGAAUGCAAGGGGACAAAGGAGAGAAGGGAAGCCCAGGGUUUGGAAUUCCUGGCCAGCCUGGGCUGAAAGGAGAUCCUGGAGACAGGGGAAACGUAGGUUUGUCUGGAAAACCAGGUCUGAAGGGAGACAGAGGUCUGAAGGGAGAGAAGGGUGAGCCAGGACCACCUGGGGAACCAGGCAAGACUGGACUAAGAGGUAAAGAUGGGGAAGAUGGAGUCCCUGGAGCACCAGGGGAGAGAGGAAUCAGGGGUCCCCCUGGGCUCCCAGGCCGGCCUGGAGAGCAAGGGAUAAAAGGCGAUACAGGACAACCAGGAAAGGAUGGAGAUCGUGGGAUGGAUGGCAUGAAAGGUGAAAGAGGUCCUCCAGGCCCAAAGGGAGAACCUGGUCCACCAGGCAAAGGAGUGGAAAUGAAGGACCUGGAGAGGCUUUUUGAAGCAAAUGGUAUCAAGCUGGCACUGCUGAAGGACCUCUGCAAUGCACUCCAGGAUGGGCUGGAUGGGCUGAUGGAUCAGCUUGGUGGCUCCAGGACUAGCAUGAUCUCCAAAGCAAAGCAAGAAGCUCAGCAUGCCACUGAGCACAGUGACUCCCUGGUGUCUGUCACCACUCACGAUGGCCUGGCCAGCACUCGGGUGGCAGAAGCAGCACAGAGCCUGGAGCUGGAGGCUCAGUUUCGAGUGACAGUGCCUGGAGAACUCCUCAAGGGUUCACCUUCUGGUGGCUCUGGACCUGAGCCCCAGACCCCAGGACACCCUCCUGAGCCUGUGGAGGAAUCACCUGAGGAAAGAAAGGAGGAGAGAGACUCCUGGAGGCCAAACACUUCUCUCAGCAGUGCCUUGUCUGUGCUCCCAACACACCCAGAAGAUGAUCUGCAAGGAAACCAGUCCAUGGAGCUCCUCGAGUCCUUGGAGGAGACAGUGGAAGGGCAGCCACAGCAGGACACUGUUCAGGAAAACCUGAAUUCAGAUGAUGGCUCUGCACUCCCAAUGCAUGUUAGAGCAAGGAGAUCAUCUGAGCAUGAGAAACACAUGGUUUAUCUCCCUGGUGCCCUAGGAGCAAGGAAAUCCCUGUCUGGAUCCACAGGAGGAAUGGGAGCUCCAGGAAUUCGUGGAGACAAAGGAGAAAAGGGCCAGCCUGGGGAGAUAGGAGAACCUGGAGAGAAGGGCACCAAAGGGGACAGAGGUGGAAAGGGUCAAAAGGGAGAACCAGGAAUUGGGUUAAGAGGUCCUGUGGGUCAAGCUGGAUCACCUGGACUUAAAGGUGAGCCAGGGGCCCCAGGACCUCCAGGAGCUGAGGGCAUCCAAGGCAUUCAUGGCAGUGCUGGCACCCCUGGGUCACAGGGGGACAGAGGACCUCCAGGUGUGCCUGGGGUGCCAGGACAGAAGGGGGAGCGUGGCAAGAGAGGUAGGAAUGGAUUUGCUGGGCCCAGGGGACCAUCAGGAGCCCCAGGAAAAGAGGGGCUUCCUGGGACACCUGGACCCAAAGGCAACAAGGGAGAAAUUGGUGUUGGAACAGCUGGCCCAAGAGGUCCUCAUGGACUGCCUGGUCCUCGGGGUGAUGAGGGCAUCGAGGGACUCCGGGGCCCUGCUGGCAUGGUGGGUCCAAAAGGCUUCCCAGGUGUGAAAGGAGAAAGAGGUGAUCGAGGACUUCUGGGACCCAAGGGAGAAAGAGGCGAGCCAAUGACUGGUUUUGGACCCCAGGGUUAUAAAGGCAGUAAAGGAGAUCCUGGUGAACAGGGCCUGCCAGGUUUUGAUGGAGACAAAGGUGAGAAGGGAGAGGAUGGACCUGUAGGAGAAAAGGGAGCCAAAGGUGAAAGUGGUUCCAAGGGAGGGAUGGGGCUCUUUGGAACAAGAGGACCUGUGGGACAGAAGGGGGACCCAGGAGAACCAGGCUGGCCAGGCUCUGCUGGUGCAGCAGGUCUCAAUGGGAGAGAUGGAAGCAAGGGAGCCAAAGGUGACAGAGGUCUUCAAGGACAGAAGGGGAAGCAGGGAGGAAAAGGUGACCCUGGGACCAGUGGUGAUACUGGGCAGAAAGGAGCAAAGGGCUUCCGAGGGCUUCCAGGGCUCGUUGGCACAUCUGGAGCCAAAGGGAGCAAGGGAGAAACUGGCAGUCCUGGACAACCAGGGAUCCCAGGAUCAGAUGGACCAGAGGGACCGAAGGGCGAGCAGGGAGCCUCAGGGACCGACGGUGCCUGGGGGAUGCCUGGGGAGAAAGGAGCAAAGGGGGCCAAGGGAGUUCCUGGCUUGGGAGGCUUCAAAGGACAAAUGGGGUGGCCUGGGAAGACUGGAGCUGCUGGACCAGAUGGACCUCCAGGGCCACAAGGUGAACCAGGGCCACAGGGUCCACGAGGCAAAAGAGGGAGAGCUCAGAUCUGUCUCAGAGGUCCCCCGGGUAUGGAUGGGCAAAAAGGAGAACUGGGUGAAAAUGGUCCAGCUGGCCAGAAAGGAGAAAAAGGAGAUCCUGGUCUUUCUGAGGAAGAGGUGAAGGAGGUGGUCAGGAGUGAAAUGAGAGGCAGCUGUGGUCUGGAGGCAGCAGAAAUCAACAGGCAGCUGCAAGGGUAUUUUCAACCUGGAGAACACACCAGAAGGGGUGGUGAAAGCCAGGAAGAAAUGCUCCACAAUGCUCACAGCAUGGCCACGUUGAUGACUUCGGUGAAGCCCCUCAUGGAGCCACCUCCACCUAUUGCAGCAGCUCCCCGGGCGCAGCCGAGGAUGGGUCUGCCUCAGCACAGGAGGCAAGAAGCCUACAGUCAAUUACCAGGUCCCUGCCUGCAGCCCAUGGAUGAGGGCUCCUGCCACCACUACACCCUGCUCUGGUACUAUCAUCCAAAGGCCAACACCUGCAGACCCUUCAUCUUUGGGGGGUGCCAAGGGAACAGCAACCGCUUCAAAACCAAGUGGAAGUGUGAGCAGAGGUGCAAGCCCUCAGCAGUCAGAAGAAGAUGAUCCACUGGAACUUCACUGGCUCAGAAAGGACACAGAGAAGCAAGAAGUGCCUUCAGGACACUUCAGAGGCUGGGCAGACAAGAUAAACCUUUUAAUGUGAAGAGAGGUGAAAGGCAAAUCAAGACAAGGCAUUGGAAAACUGAUUAUGAGCUGGAAAUGAAGUGGGAUGAGGAAGGGGAAGCCUCUGAUUGCUCAGGGAAGUGGAGGUGUCCAGAGGCUUGUGACUGUACCACUUGACCCCUAGGACUGGUGUGCAGAAGCAGGUGACACAUCCCCCUGACUUAUGGCUGUACAAUAAAGGUCUGCUCAUGUUGC